CGGAUCGGAAGUCCAAGUAUCUGAAGCCCAACGUAGACGAUGCCAAAUAAGCAAAAAAUCUCAGAAUCUAGUUGCCGAGACGACCGUCACCCCGCGCCGCCGCCGCCACUGGCGCUACUCCUACCGGCGGGGGCCUGAAGAAUAUGGCAGCCGCCUCCGCCUCCACGCGACAAGCGACGGCGGAGGCGUGCAGUAGCCACGUCCACCACGCGCACCUCGCGGCUCUCCUCAACGCUUCCGCGCGCUUGCCUCCGCUCCCUCUCAGCCGCCUCCACCUCCCGCUCUCGCUCCCCACGGCCUCCCGCCUCGUCGCGUCCUUCCCUCCACUCCCGCUCCUCGUCUGCUUCCUCCGCGCGCUCCGCCUCCUCCCCUCCUCGCCGCCGCGCCCCUUUGACUCGCUCAUCAAGUCAUAUGCCUCGCUCCCCAACCGCGCCUCCCUCGCUGCUGCGGCGCUCGCGUUCGCCAGGUCAGCCGGGCGCUUCUUCGACUCCAUGCUUAGCGACGGCGUGGCGCCCAACGUGUACACCUACAACAUCCUCAUCCGCGCGCUGUGCGGCCGCGGACACCGGAAAGAGGCGCUCAGCAUCUUGCGUGACAUGCGCGGCGCAGGUUGCGGCCCCAAUGUCGUGACUUACAACACGCUCGUCGCGGCGUUCUUCAGAGCCGGGGAGGUGGAUGGCGCGGAGAGGCUGGUCGGCAUGAUGCUUGACGGCGGCUUGAAGCCCAACCUGGUGACUUUCAAUUCAAUGGUGAAUGGGAUGUGCAAGGCUGGGAAGAUGGAGGACGCACGCAAGGUGUUCGAUGAAAUGAUGAGGGAGGGUUUGGCGCCGGAUGGGGUCAGUUACAACACCUUAGUGGGUGGGUAUUGCAAGGCAGGGUGCUCGCAUGAGGCAUUGUCUGUGUUUGCAGAGAUGACACAGAAAGGGAUCAUGCCAGACGUCGUGACAUUUACGUCAUUGAUCCAUGUAAUGUGCAAGGCUGGGAACUUGGAGUGGGCAGUGACAUUGGUGAGGCAGAUGAGGGAGAGGGGCCUCCAGAUGAAUGAGGUCACUUUUACAGCCUUGAUAGAUGGGUUCUGCAAGAAGGGAUUCUUGGAUGAUGCAUUGCUUGCAGUAAGGGGGAUGAGGCAAUGCAGAAUAAAGCCUUCAGUGGUGUGUUAUAAUGCACUUAUUAAUGGUUAUUGUAUGGUAGGAAGAAUGGAUGAAGCAAGAGAGUUACUCCAUGAAAUGGAAGCUAAAGGACUGAAGCCUGACGUUGUGACAUACAGUACGAUUAUCAGUGCGUACUGUAAGAAUUGUGAUACACAUUCUGCAUUCGAAUUGAACCAACAGAUGCUUGAGAAGGGUGUUCUUCCAGAUGCAAUCACCUACUCAUCACUCAUAAGGGUUCUUUGUGAGGAGAAACGACUCAGUGACGCUCAUGUGCUCUUCAAAAAUAUGAUUAAGCUUGGCCUACAACCUGAUGAAUUUACAUACACAUCUCUUAUUGAUGGCCACUGCAAGGAGGGUAAUGUGGAGAGGGCUCUUUCUCUGCACGAUAAAAUGGUAAAGGCAGGAGUUCUUCCUGAUGUUGUGACUUACAGUGUGCUUAUUAAUGGGCUUAGUAAAUCAGCACGUGCUAUGGAAGCACAACAGUUGCUCUUCAAAUUGUACCAUGAAGAGCCAAUUCCAGCAAAUACUAAAUAUGAUGCCCUGAUGCAUUGUUGUAGAAAAGCUGAGCUUAAGAGUGUGUUAGCUCUCUUGAAGGGAUUUUGCAUGAAAGGUUUAAUGAAUGAAGCUGAUAAAGUUUAUCAAUCAAUGUUAGACAGAAACUGGAAUCUUGACGGGUCUGUCUACAGUGUGCUUAUUCAUGGGCAUUGUAGGGCAGGAAAUGUUAUGAAGGCUCUCAGCUUCCAUAAGCAAAUGCUGCAGCGUGGUUUUGCUCCAAAUUCAACAAGCACGAUUUCCUUGAUUAGGGGUCUAUUUGAAAAUGGGAUGGUUGUAGAAGCAGAUCAGGUGAUUCAGCAGUUGUUGAACUGUUGUUCCCUUGCUGAUGCAGAAGCAUCAAAGGCUCUUAUUGACCUCAACUUAAAUGAAGGUAAUGUGGACGCAGUCUUAGACGUUCUGCAUGGCAUGGCAAAGGAUGGACUGCUUCCAAGUCCAAGAUGAGGGUGAUUUUCAACAUUCAAGAACCACCCUCUCUGUGGAAUACUGGAGACCUGAUGGUCAUGUUUGGUACAUAUUGUCUCAUGAGUCAUAACACGAGCAUCUGAAUCAGUGUUAUGUGGUAAGAACGGUCUGCCCUAAAUCAUGAUGUGCUCCAUAUGGAAAAGGCUGAAAGAAGUUGCCUCAUGCUGCAUUAUUGUGUAAAGUGAGCAACCAUUUCUAUCUCAUUAACCGCUCUGCUCUUAACAAGUGAAAUGAAUUUUGGUUCUUGAUAAAUACUUGAUUUUGAAGGGCAGGCUGGUUUAGUGAUGAGAGUUGUUUCACUAAGUCACCGGAUCUUAGGUUUGAAGCAACCUCUCUGCAUUUGCAGAGGAAGGCUGGUAUUGAUUUAUCCUUUUUCUAGGCCCCACUCACGUGGGAGUCUCUGGCACUAGGUCUGGCCCCUUUUAUAAAUACUUGAUUUUGUAUUAGCAGCUUUUUGUAUUGUUGUUUAUAAUAAUUAUUAGGUUAGAGAAGGUUGUACUGAUAUUUUAUGAUGUAUUACUUAUUGUCUUACUUUUAGACACUAUAAUAAAAGAUCUUGAUAUAUGUAGUUAGUGAACUCACUAAGGAGGUCUGAUCUUUAUUCAACACACAUUUAUCCCUUCUGGUACCUGUCUUUUUUUAAUACAAGUUAUAAAAAUCA